AUGGAUGAAGAUGAUGAUAUUACAUUAGAGCAGAUAAAGAAGUUACGAGAAGAUAGGAAAAAUGGUAUAAAGUCAACAUUGAACUCUGACAAAAAGGAGUUUGAUUCAUAUCAUGCUCCAAAGAAUAUAUUGGAUACAAUACCAAUAGACCCCACUGAUGAAGAUCCUCUCAAGAGCUACAGGGUAAAGACAGUGGCUGAGCAAGAGACAGAGUAUCAGGCAAGGUGGCGCAAGAGAAGCUUCAGUCCACCUCGUACAUACGAUCCCUUCACGGGCAAAGGUGAGGUCAAAGGUCGCAGCUACAAGGACAUCAUGAUUGAGAACCAGUUGGCACGCGAGGAGCAAGACCUAAUGGCAAAGAUAUCAAAGAAACAAAAAGAAGAGGAGGAGAAGAAACGAGCACAACAAAAGGCUGCAGCAAUCGAAGAGGAAUCGAACAAGAAGAAGAAGAUAGAUGCAUCAUCGUCUGCUGCGGCACCGUCGUCGUCAGCAUCAUCAUCAAUCAAUGGCAAUGGCAAUGGCAAUGGUAGAGAGAAGAGAUGGUUCUUAAAGGUGUACAAGAAUGGUGCCAACCUUCAAACAAACGUUGACAUCACACUGGGCGACAAGGUCACCUUUGGCAGAGACGCCAGCAACAAGGUGGUGUUGGAGCAUCCCAGUUGCAGCUCAAAGCAUGCCACAAUAUCGAUACUCAAGGAGGGCAAGCGACCCAUACUCAUUGAUCUCAAGAGCACUAAUCAGACACGUUUGAACGACAAAGAGAUCGAGCCACAUCAUCCCGAGGAGCUAUAUCACGGCGACAAGAUACAGUUUGGUGGAAGCAGUAGAGAAUACAUUGUCAGUCACAGCUAG